AUGAAGAAGAACAAGAAGCUGGUCUGGCGUGUAAAGCAAUCGCCUGCUGUAUCUGCUUCUGCAGGUUCGAAUGGUGGUGAUUCAACUGAAAAUGUGAAACCCGCCAUUGCGCCAGCACAAGGAAAUCAAGCAGAGAAAGAAAAAGCGCAGAUAAUGAAAAAAGAAAGAUUAGUAAAGCAUGACAAGAAGCCCGCUUAUUCUUUGUGGGAUACAGAUCCCGCAGAAGCCCAUAAGGUGCAGGAGGAACUGUUAGGAAAAAACAUCACAGAUCGAUCAAUAUUUGCGGCAAUUUUUCCGGAGGGACGUCUGAGAUUGGUACUGGAUGAGGAUCAUGUUGGGUCGGCGGAUAAGAACGUCGUUGACACUGUAGGCGGAGUACUGAGUUUACCAGGAAUGUUGGACGUCGACUUCUACUCAGACUCCGGCGCGUGCUCAAACGACGCAGAGGAAGAGGUCAAAAAGAACGUCGCGGCGCGGAUAGUAACCGUGUCUGGACUUAACGGGGACACAUUGGCGAAGCUUCCUUUUAUCGACGAUCGCGGUCAUUAUGUCACCCUGCGCCAACUGAAGCAGAGGCUCGAGAAACUCUGUGGAAUUCCUUGGAGGGCCCAGCGCCUUUUUUUGGACGACAGGGAGCUCGAAGACGUGGAUAGUGCGAGCGAUAUAACUACUGCAACAAGCCGGGUAGUUUCUGACUUGAUCAACACCAUCAUCGCGCCGCGAACCGCGGAGGGAGAUAUUUACUGUACCGAUUCGGAGCUCGAGGGAGGUGGUGGUAAAUGGAUGUGGAUCAAGAGAGAUGAUAGUGCUACUUCUAGACCUCAUUCUGGUAGGAAUGCGCUGCCGAGAACGAAGGCCGCUUCGGCAUCAUUUGCAGGUGCAACGGAUAUAAUUAAUAGUUCGGAAGAUACGCACGUCGAAGCGGUCUCUACGCUAGAGCUAGACAGGUUAGAGCAACUUCUUGAUGAAGACGAUGGUAGCUUGAAGGUACAUGUGUUACGGCGUGAGUUGUCAAUUUGGGAACAGGAACUCCAGAUCAUUCGAGAAAUUUGGCAUGUUGAUCUACACUGGGAGCGUGAUCUGGCUCGCCGGCUGUUGUCCUUUGGGGAAGUGUUCAACGUAGAUCGUGGGACACUGCACUCGGCCUAUAAAUCUCCCUCAACACGGUUCUGGGCGGCUGCUGCAACUUCUGGCGUCUUUUCUUCUCCGAACGGUAGAGGUAUAAGCGAGAUAUCUUGGUGGAAAAGCUCCUAUCCCCCCAUAGACCUGUUCUACGAGGUGAUCGCUUCGCGGGAUCUCUGCGCUUCGCAUCUGCGCGAGUUUAGGGUUCUCGACUGCCCGUCCCUUACCGAGGAGCACGCCGCAAGAUUAGUCGGGGUCCUAGCCAAAUUUAUGAGUGACCAUGAAAUCAACGACAAUAUUGUUUGCAUCUUGUUUGUUCCAGUGAAGGUGGAGCAUCGCCUCUGAUGUGUGAUGGGUAGUUGGAUAAGGAAUUCGCCAAGAUGUUCUUCAGAACGAUGUUGCAUGCUUUGAUCCACCCCUAAUUUGUGUUGCCCGAACCUGCAGGUAGUCUCCUUUGAUGUUAAGGAUUUCUGCAGCCCGCAAAAUGGCACGGAAGAGGAAAGGAGAUUGUGGUGGGGAAAGCGGCGGGAAGAAGAUGAAGACGGGAAAACGAGCCGAGAGGCGGAAGCGAUCCAGUGUAAUGAUCGCGUAGCUUUGUAUCGCCUAAAAGCCGACGCCGCCGCUGCCGAUUACGUCGCUAGUCUAGUUCAUCCACGAACUCUUGAGAAAUGACCUGUAGUCGUGGGUAGAUGUAGAUGAAACUAUGUUUCUCUAUGACUAUAAUGAGGUUAGUCCGGCUCCACCUCUUCCUCUGCCGCCUCGUUCUCAUCCCUCUUGUUCGCAAUAGUAUUGUCCCCCCUGCGCAACGCGGCGCUGUUUCCUUGAUCUCGAGGUCCAUGUCGUCAACAGUGUAGGGUAGGAAGUUCUAAUCUGAAAGGCGAAGAGCGUUACUGCCAGCGGACGUGAUGGCAGUCCUGGAGCAGUGCCCGCCUCCGCGGAUCGAGGACGCAGUGGACGAGCUUCGCACGGCCUGCCCAAAUCUCCGCGACGUUGACAUUCUCUUUGAUACUUCGUUAUCCUCUGUCCGGCUGACGCUGACUGGGAAAGAAAGCUUGACAUAG